CUUAUACCAAUUACUCAGGCCAUUUCUGCAUACUUCCAAUUCUUCAUCCUUCAUCUCUCUCUCACUCAAUUACCUUCUCUCAUCCUAAUCUCCAAAAACCACUCUCACAAUGGCCACAAACAUCACCUACCACGCCAGCGCCCUCACCCGCUCCGAGCGCAGCGCCCUCCGCAACCAACGCGGCCUCACAAUCUGGCUCACCGGCCUCUCCGCCUCGGGCAAAUCCACCAUCGCCGUCGAACUCGAGCACCAGCUGCUCCGCGAGCGGGGCGUCUCCGCCUACCGACUGGACGGCGACAACAUCCGCUUCGGCCUCAACAAGGACCUAGGCUUCAGCGAGAAAGACCGCAACGAGAACAUCCGGCGCAUUGCGGAAGUGGCCAAGCUCUUCGCUGACAGCGCCAGCAUCGCCAUCACGUCGUUUAUCUCGCCGUACAAGGCCGACCGCGAGACUGCGCGCAAGCUGCACGAGGUGCCGACGCCGGGCGAGGAGACGGGUCUGCCUUUCGUUGAGGUGUAUGUCGAUGUGCCGGUUGAGGUGGCGGAGCAGCGGGAUCCCAAGGGCCUGUAUAAGAAGGCAAGGGAGGGGGUCAUCAAGGAGUUUACGGGGAUUAGUGCGCCCUACGAGGCGCCGGAUAAGCCCGAGGUGCACAUCAAGAACUAUGAUUUGCCCGUGAGGGAUGCGGUUGCGCAGAUUAUUGCGUACCUGGAUGAGCAGGGGUAUUUGCCUCCUAAGAAGGAGUAGAUGCAUGGGGUUGCUUUUGUCAUGAUAGAUCUUGCAGAUAGAAUCGUCCUUGCCAGUGAUUUGUACAUAUAAAAAAUUUACAUAU